GCUUCCGCGGCUUCCGCGGCGCAGUCUUAGAGGCCAGAGCCCUGGCCGGACCCGAGGACCUGUAGCGGGGCGGGAGCCGGAGGUCAGGGUCGGGGCUGCUCUGCGGUCCUGCGAGAUGGAUAGGGCAGAAGGCAAUGCGGGGCAGCCUGGCCCGGCCGAGCGGUCCCACCGUAGCAGCGUGUCUUCCGUGGGAGCCCGAGCAGCUGAUGUGCUGGUCUACCUGGCCGAUGACACAGUGGUGCCCCUGGCUGUGGAGAAUCUACCCAUACUCAGUGCCCAUGAGCUACACCGUGCAGUCCGCGAGGUCCUGCAGCUCCCAGACAUCGCCUUGGAGGUCUUUGCACUCUGGCUCAUCUCCCCUCUCCUGGAGGUGCAGCUGAAGCCUAAGCAUCAGCCCUACAAGCUGGGCCGCCAGUGGCCGGAACUGCUGCUGCGAUUCACUGAUGCCCCGGAUGACGACGUGGCCAUGGAUGAGCCUUCCUUGCAGUUCCGAAGGAACGUGUUUUUUCCAAAGCGCAGGGAGCUCCAGCUCCACGAUGAGGAGGUCUUGCGGCUGCUCUACGAGGAAGCCAAGAGCAAUGUUCUCACUGCUCGCUAUCCUUGUGACUUGGAGGACUGUGAAGUGCUGGGUGCCCUAGUAUGCCGUGUCCAGCUUGGGCCCUACCAGCCUGGCCAGCCUACAGCCUGUACCCUGAGAGAGAAGCUGGACUCCUUCCUCCCUGCCCACCUCUGCAAGCGGGGCCAUGGUCUCUUUGCUGCCCUCCGGGGCCGGGGAGCUAAGGCUGGACUGGGUGAGCAGGGCCUGUUGACUGCCUACAGCCAGGUGAAGGAAGCAGCUGGCAGCGAAAGUGAGCCUGAGGCCACCCUGCGUUCCCACUACCGCGCCUACCUCCUCAAGUGCCAUGAACUGCCCUUCUAUGGGUGCGCCUUCUUCCAUGGAGAGAUCGACAAGCCAGCCCAGGGCUUUUUGCACCGGGGUGGGCGCAAGCCAGUGAUCGUGGCCAUCAGUCUGGAGGGUGUGCAUGUCAUCGACAGCAGGGAGAAGCAUGUCCUGCUAGGCUUGCGCUUCCAGGAGCUGUCGUGGGACCACACUUGCCCCGAGGAGGAGGAGCCUGUCCUGUGGCUGGAGUUCGAUGGGGAUAGUGAAGGCACUCCUGUCAACAAGCUGCUCAGGAUCUACUCCAAGCAGGCUGAGCUGAUGAGUAGCCUCAUAGAGUAUUGCAUCGAGCUGAACCAGGCUGCUGAGCCCACUGCCCCCCAGGACAGCACGUCUGGCCCCCACUCAGCCCCCUCCUCCUCCCCACCUCCCGCUCAGCGGCCCAAGCUGCGGAGGCAGAGCAGCGUGGUGUGCAGCCGGAUCCAGCACCUCUCCACCAUUGACUACGUGGAAGACGGCAAAGGAAUCAAACGGGUAAAACCAAAGCGCACCACAUCCUUCUUCAGCCGGCAACUCUCCACAGGCCAGGGCAGUUACACGGUAGUGCAGCCUACCGACAGCCUGGAGCAGGGCUGAGGGCAGAGACGCAGAGCAGCGGGAGGACAUGCGGUGCCCCAGCCCUGGCCAGGCACCGUCCUCCCAGACAAGGCCAGGCCGCAUUGUCUCAAAGGCUGAGAACCUGGGAGCAGGGCCAUGCAGGAUCUUCAGGUGUUCCAGACCAGGGGGAGGUGACAUCUAUGCCUACUACUGUGCCUGGACUGAGCCUGCAGCCCCUCUUGCAACCUGUCCUUCCUUCCUGGACUCCGCCUAGCUGCUGAGGCUCUAGCCGUAACUCCCGCCCACAGAUGCACCUUUCUUCCUGUCUCAAAGUGGUCCAUGUCGUUGGCUCUGAAGGGACGUUGAAGACGACUGGCAGCUCCGAUGGCAGGUGGCCAAGGAUCAGAGCUUGGGACCUGCAAGUGCCAUAACAGCUUUGGUCUUUUCCAGACUUUGGUGACCACAUCUUGCAUUCCUUCCAUUGGCAUUCCUCCCACAUUGCCAACAGGCUGAUCGUCCUUUGCAGGCUGUGCUGGUGUUGGUGUUGCAGAUUUUGAUAGCAGUGGAUUCUUUUUUUUUUUUUUUGGUUCUGGGUGUGCUUAGCUUAGGGUUAGGGAGAGCUAGACAGUCAGUAGUCACUAGAACUCCCCAAGGCAAUGGCUCCCAAGUUUGUAGUCUUGUGAAGCAACAAAGAAUUAACAGGAGCAGACACAGCAGAAGAGCAAAUUAAGGGCUGAGGAGAUAGCUCAGUGGUUAAAGCACUUUGAUGAGAAGCCUGUUGGUCUGGGUUCAGUUCCUCAGCACCAAGUAAAGCUGGAAGCAAAAAGUAGUUUGUGCCUGCCAUUUGCAGUGGCAAGAGUCCCUGGCAUGCCUCACAUGUGCAUGCACACACGUAACUGAACAAAAAUGUUAAUAAGAGAAGGGUAGGUUAAGCCAGGCAUGGUGGCACUUGCCUUUAAUCCCAG